GCAGAUAGAUCUCCCUCUGUUACCUCUACCACUGCCGACACUUGCAGCCAUUUUACACAAGCCGAACGGAAUCAUGUCGUGAGGCGUCCCAUUACCUGGAACGACCGGACCCAGCUACGUCUGGACCACGACAAGUCGGCAAGAUGGUAAAGCGGAAAAGCCUGGAUGACACCGACACGGAGUGCGGCAAGGGUAUACCGUUCCCGAUCCAGACCUUCUUAUGGAGGCAGACCAGCGCGUUUCUGCGGCCGAAGUUGGGGAAACAAUAUGAGGCAUCUUGUGUGUCCUUUGAGCGGGUGCUGGUGGAGAACAAGCUCCAUGGGCUCUCCCCGGUGCUGUCCGAGGCCAUCCAGAGCAUCUCUCGCUGGGAGCUGGUCCAGGCCGCCCUGCCCCACGUGCUCCACUGCACCGCUGUCCUGCUCUCUAACAGGAACAAGCUGGGUCACCAGGACAAGCUGGGAGUGGCGGAGACCAAGCUGCUCCAUACCCUCCACUGGAUGCUACUGGAGGCGUCCCAGGACUGUAACCAGGAGCCCAGCCUGGGCCAUGGCUGGUCAGGGGGCAGCAGCAGCUCAGCCUUCCUCCAACCAAUGGGGAUGGGGAACCAGGGUUCCCCGCCAGCCAGAGGGGGCCAAGGUGGCCCAGGAUCAGGCACCGGUUCUGGGUCAGGAGCGCCACGCCGCAGCGGGUCCCUGGAGGAGGAUGAGCACGCCCGCACCAAGCUCUUCCACAAGAGCAUGGCCACCGUGGAGCUGUUCGUGUUCCUCUUUGCUCCCCUCAUUCACCGCAUCAAGGAGUCUGACCUGACUUUCCGAUUGGCCAGUGGUCUCGUCAUAUGGCAGCCAAUGUGGGAGCACCGGCAACCUGACGUCCCCGCCUUCUCUGCCCUCAUCAAGCCUGUGAGGAACAUUGUUACAGCCAAGAGGAACUCCCCGGUGAACAACCAGUGCAGCCCCUGUGGGUCCAGAAACCAAGGCCCCAUGGGUUUCCAGGUGGUCUGUGAAACGGCCCAUUCAGAUUCAUCCUCCCCCGGGGCCGGAGAGCAGAGCUGUCGCCGCGGCAACUCAGUGGAGAGAGGUGGGCCAUCAACGCGACAGGCUCCACUUGACAAAGGGAUCGCCAAGAAGAAGACCUCUGCCCCCGCGGGCAUCUCAGUCUCCCUGGCCCAGCGUGCCCGCUACGCCACCUACUUUGACGUGGCAAUACUGCGCUGCCUGCUGCAGCCCCACUGGACGGAGGAGGGGGUGCACUGGGCGCUCAUGUUCUACCUGCAGCGCCUGCGUCAGAUCCUGGAGGAGCGCCCGGAACGCCCCCUGGAGCCACUGGUCCCGCCCCUGCCCCGCCCGCGCAGCAGCUCUAUGGUGGCCACCACCCCCUCUCUCGUCAACACCCACAAGACACAGGACAUGAGUCAGAAAUGCAACGAGGAGGAUAAGUCCCUCAGCUCAGAGACCUUCUCUAAGGUGUCUCUGACCAACCUGCGCAGACAGGCUGUACCCGACCUCUCCUCUGACCUGGGGAUGAACCUCUUCAAAAAGUUCAAGAACCGGCGGGAGGACCGCGAGCGUAAGGGCUCCAUCCCGUUCCACCACACGGGCAAGAAGCGCCAGCGCCGCAUGGGCGUGCCUUUCCUGCUCCACGAGGACCACCUGGACGUGUCACCCACCCGAUCUACCUUCUCCUUCGCCAGCUUCUCUGGCGACGACCGGCGGGCGCUGGAGCGUGGGGGCUGGCAGGCUACCAUCAUGGGUAAGUUGACGCGGCGAGGGAGCUCAGACACGGCUGCAGACGCAGACAACCUGAGCGCUAAACACUCACACUCCCAUCACUCCCUGCUCAGAGACAUGCCAGACCACUCCAACAGCCACGGCGACAACACCGUACACGCCAAGGGGGAGGUGCGUUCACAGAUCUCCACCAUCACCAUGGCGACAUUCAACACCACAGUGGCGUCCUUCAACGUGGGCUACGCCGACUUCUUCACCGAGCACAUGAAGAAGCUGUGCAACCCUGUGCCCAUUCCUGAGAUGCCAAGCGAGCCGCUGGCAUGCGCCAACCUGCCCCGGAGCCUCACCGACUCGUGCAUCAACUACUCGUGCCUGGAGGAGGGGGACAACAUUGAGGGCACCAACAACUUCAUCCUGAAGAAUGGCAUGCUGGACCUUACGGCCAUCCUGCGGGCGGUCUACGCCGUGCUGACCCACGACAUCAGCUCACGGAUCUGUGACGUGUCGCUCAACAUCAUCGACUGCCUGCUACAGCUGGGGGUGGUGCCAGGCAUGGGCAAGAAGCUCUCCAAGCCCGACGACAAGGAGAACGAUGAGACACGCCUCCCAAAGGAGGGGGCCAAUCAGGGCCUGGGUGUCGCCCAAGGGGGCGUUUCUGGAGGGUGCAGCGGGGCGGCGCCAGGGGGAGGGGGUGGAGGAGGAGGAGGGGAUGGAGGAGGAGGAGGUGGGGGAAGUGGAGGAGGGAGCGGAGGAGGGAGCAAGGAUGAUGUGAAGAACAACAAGGAGAAAGACAGCAAGGAGGAAGGCUCUUCACUGAGUACCCACAGGCUGGCUCUCACCAUGCUCAUCAAGAUGGUCAAGUCUCUGGGUUGUGCUUACGGCUGUGGGGAGGGCCACAGAGGACUCUCAGGGGACCGCCUCCGCAUGCAGGCCCAGAACUGCCUGACCAACCUGUACAAGCUGGACAAGCUGCAGUUCCGUCAGACCAUGAGGGACUACGUCAACAAGGACUCGCUCAACAACAUCGUGGACUUCCUGCAUGCACUCCUGGGCUUCUGCAUGGAGCCCAUCACCGACAAGUACGGCAAUGCAGAUAAGGCCGGGUUCGGGAACAACUUCACCACAGGGGACAACAAGUCACUGGCCCAGAACAUGGAGGCAGUGGUGGUGGGCUGCAUGUUCAAGUCUCUGAUCACUCGCUGUGCCUCCACCACGCACGAGCUGCACAGCCCUGAGAACCUGGGUCUAUACUGUGAUAUCCGCCAGCUUGUGCAGUUCAUCAAGGAGUCCCAUGGCAACGUGUUCCGCAGGGUGGCACUGAGCGCACUCCUGGACUCGGCCGAGAAAGUGGCCACCACCAGGAAGUCAGAGGAGAAGGAGGAGCCGAUCACCAAACCUACAGCAUCCAGGAGGUCAGAGGCAGGUGUGUCUGGGGAAAAAGGAGGGCAGCCGUCCACCGCUGCAGACGAGUGCCGCAGCUGCAUAUCCAGCCGCCCCCCCCAGACACCAGAGCAUGAUGAACAGAUUCCGGGGGCUCUGCUGGGCAAGAAGGACUUCUGGAGGAAGAUGUUCAAGUCGCAGAGUGCCGCCAGCGACACAAGCAGCCAAUCAGAGCAGGACACGUCAGAGUGCACCACCGCCCACUCGGGCACCACCACGGACCGACGCACCCGCUCGCGAUCCCGACGUAUCUCCCUGCGCAAGAAGCUCAAGCUGCCCAUCGGGAACUGGCUUAAGCGGUCAUCUCUCUCUGGGCUGACCGACGGGGUUGAGGACUUGCUGGACAUCAGCUCUGUGGACCGACUCUCCUUCAUCCGCCAGAGCUCCAAGGUGAAGUUCACCAGCAACGUGAAGCUGUCGGAGGGUGGCGGGGGAGCGGGGGGCGUGGAGUACGGCCGGGACGAGGAGGAGAAUUUCUUCAAGCGGCUCGGUAAAUGGCGGUCUGGCAGGCGGAACCCAUCCAAGCUUCACCACACAGAAGAGAAAGAUGGCCCACAGGGGUUCCAGGAGCGCCUGGCAGCCAGCCAGGAGGCCAUGAAGAACAAGAACGUGGUGAACCUGGGCGCCAUCCGCCAGGGCAUGAAACGCUUCCAGUUCCUGUUGAACUGCUGCGAGCCCGGCACCAUCCCCGACGCAUCCAUCCUGGCUGCUGCGCUCGACCUGGAAGCUCCCGUGGUUGCCAGAGCCUCCCUGUUCCUGGAGUGCGCCCGCUUCGUCCACCGCUGUAACCGUGGCAACUGGCCCGAGUGGAUGAAGGGUCACCACGUGAACAUCACCAAGCGGGGUCUGUCUCGGGGACGCUCGCCCGUGGUGGGCAACAAGAGGAACCAGAAGCUCCAGUGGAACGCAGCCAAGCACUUCUGUCAAUGGGGAGAUGCCAUUGGUACACGUCUCAGUGAGUUGUGCCACUCAGACAGCGAGAGUCCUGCCAACAUCCUGGGUUUCAUCUACGACGAGGAGACCAAGCGAAGGAUGAGAAAGGAGGACGAGGAGGAGGACUACUUAGACGACAAUACAGUCAACCCAACAAAAUGCGGCUGUCCUUUCGCUCUCAAGAUGGCCGCCUGCCAGUUGCUGCUGGAGAUCACCACGUUCCUCAGAGAGACAUUCCCCUGCCUCCCCCGGCCACGCACAGAGCCCCAAGUGGAUUUGGAGAGCUGUCGAUUGAGGCUGGACCCUGAGCUGAGUCACCACCGCUAUGAGAGGAAGAUCAGCUUCGCCGGUAUCCUAGACGACGAGGACGGCCACGACUCACUGAACAGCAGCAGCCACACGCUCAAGUCUGACACGGCCUGCGACGACAAGAAGGCCCAGGAGCCUCUGGCUCCCAUCAGGAAGAGUCGUAUCGGGGGCUCUCGCCUGCUGCAGAUCAAGGGGGCUAGGAGUUUCAGGGUGAAGAAGGGGGGCUCGCUGUCCUCCAUCCGCCGGGCCGGCAGCCUGAAGAGCACCAAGAUGUCCCGCCAGGACUCAGAGUCAGAGAACGAGGAGGGACUGCUGUCCCAGAGCAGGGACACUGUCACUGACAUAGGAAGUCCAUGGAGCACCAGUGAACCCAGUAUUGAGCCUGAGGGUUCAGGAGGCGGCGCAGAGGACAACUACCACAGUAACAUGUCCUGGCUACAUAUCAUGAUUCUGCUGUGCAACCAGCAGAGUUUCAUCUGUACCCACGUGGAGUUCUGCCACCCACGCUGCUACCAGCACCACAGCCGCUCCUGUGCCCGCCUGGUGCGCGCCAUCAAGCUGCUCUAUGGGGAGACAGUGGACAGCCUGAGAGAAGACAGUGCAGGGAACAUCAGUAGCCGGUCCAAGAAAAACAAGGAGUGUUCAGACAAGUCAUGUCUGAGGACCCCGUCCAUGAAGAGACGCCCCAAAGACUCCAACACAGAGGGCAAGAAGGACACGGGCAUGCUCAAGUAUAUCCGCAACCAGGUGAUGAGCCUGUCCCCGGCUCCUCUGUCACUGCUGAUCAAGGCGGCGCCCAUCCUGACAGAGGACAUGUACGCGGACGUCCAGCCUGCAGCCUGGGAGCUCCUGCUGAGUGUGGACGAGCAUAUGGCUGCCGCUGCAGCUGCCAUGUUCUUGCUGUGUGCGGUGAAGGUGCCCGACGCGGUGACGGAGAUGAUGAUGGCUGAGUUCCAGCACGCUGAGGUGAGCCAGCGCAUCAACUCGGUGUUCAAGUUCUACACGCUGUGGCGCUUCCGCUACCAGGUGUGGCCGCGCAUGGAAGAGGGUGCCCAGCAGAUCUUCAAGAUCCCUCCGCCCAGCAUCAACUUCACCCUGCCCUCACCUAUCCUGGGCAUGCCCUGUGUGCCCAUGUUCGACCCGCCCUGGGUACCCUCCAACACUGGCAGCGUCCAAGACCCAAUCAACGAGGACAACUCUAAAUCCUUCUCGGCGCGGGCCGUGUCGCGCUCCCACCAGCGUGCCGAGCACAUCCUGAAGAACCUGCAGCAGGAGGAGGAGAAGCGGCGUCUUGGGCGCGAGGCCAGCAUCAUCACAGCCAUCCCCGUGGCCCAGGAGGCCUGCUACGAACCCACCUGCAGCCCUCCGCCCGAGCAGGAGGAGGAAGCAGAAGAAGUGGUCAACCUGGCGUCCCGCCGCAUGUCCGUCACUCCGUCCUGCACCUCCAGUAACUCUCACAGGAACUACUCCUUCCGCCGCGGCUCCGUGUGGUCAGUCCGCUCCGUGGUCAGCACCGAGGAUGAGGAGAACACUACGGAGCACACACCCACUCAUCACAUGCUGCAGCCCCCCCAGGCCGUCUUCCCAGCAUGCAUCUGUGCUGCCGUCUUACCCAUAGUGCACCUGAUGGAGGAUGGGGAGGUGCGAGAGGACGGCGUGGCAGGUGGGUGGCAUCGCACAUUCAGUGUGAUUGAGGGCGUGGCCAGAGUCAGUAAGGAGGCAGAUUCUGCCGUACAUACAUCAGCAGUGAGCGAAUCACAAUCAACAGAACCUGGGGUUGGCCACACCCCUUCUCUACCCCCCACCCUGGAGCCAGAGAGAGGAGACUGCCCACCUUCCAGUAAGUACCCUGACUUCUGA